CGUCGGUAGGCUUUUCCAUGUCUCAGUCGAUGAACGUCCUGCCAACGUCCCGCGAUUUUAUUCAUCACGAUUUAUUUAUUCUAGAUCAGUACGCCUUAACCUUAAUCAAUUCACAGUAGGAAUAAACCGUAAAUACGACGCAAAAAAAAAAGAAAAAAAUAAAAUUGACUAAUCGAUCUCGUGGAAAAAUAAUCGAUUAAAUUUGGAAGAUAGUGAUUUAAAAUGCAUAUUAUCGCAUCGUUGAUCUUCGCGAUACUAUUCGUUGUUUACGUCGCUGAUUGUAACGUGAAAUUGGAUAAAGGGUUGACGACAAAUCUUCGAGAAACAUGGGACUACAAUGAUUUUGUGAUUGUUGCUUUGAACUCCAAAUCAAAAAAAAAGCAAUCAGAAGCAGCGAUUGAUAUUCUUCUAGCUGUAAAAUACGAGAAAUCGAAGACAAAAAUGAUAUUUAAGUUCGACAGGCAAACUAAUCGAAUCAUCUAUGAGAAGACUAAUCGAAAUGGUCAUCGAACUACGGAGCACUUGGAAAUUCAGAACGUGAAUGCUCCAUGGAAGAAAAUAAUCGUCUUCGUGCAUCAGAAUAAACCUGACCCCGAAAUAGACAUUUACGUUGAUUGCAUUUAUCAAGGCAUGUUACACUUGAAGGAAAGCUUCCGUAAGGUAGCAGAAAAUGAAGAUGAUUCUCUUGUAGAAGUGUUUAGAGAAAGGAGAAGUCACGUAAAGGUGUAUCCCUUAUUAUCCGUCAGCGACGCUCUGAAACAAGAAAAUUGCCCCAACUAUCUGGCCGGUUUAGGCACGUUAUCGGAUGAGUACAAAGAGUCUGUCGAGUCUGACGAAUCAAUUCCUACAUCAACCAAAGACAAUUCUGAUAAUAAUUCCGACGAAUUUUCACUCGAGAUUAAUCCAUCUCGUAGAAAAUUAGGAAACAAUGAAAACUCCACAACUGAAACUUCAGAUACGUCCGAAGAUACAAGUUCAAUUGAAGAUUUCGGCGAUCCAGGUUUUAAACAAUCAUCUCAAUCGAAACACGAUUAUCGUCCUACUGAACGUCCUGAGAAAUAUCAUUCUAUAAGUGAGUUUGAAACUAAUCAAGAAGAUGUUUCGAAACAUGUGAAACGUUCGCGUCAGAAAACACGAUCUGAAUACUUUGACGGACCUUUUUACGAGAAUCCCAUGGAAUGGAAUAAUUUUGGUGAAUUGGAUCCAUUGAGUCAGUCCAACUUGUAUCAUAAGAGAUUUCCGCGAAGAGGGGACAUAGGGAUUCAGAGUCUGAACGAAAAGGUUUGUUUAAUGGAUUUUCAAAUCGUGAGGACAUUAAACGAGCUGAUUGAAGCUACUAGGAAGGUCUGGAGAGAAAUAGAAUUAAACAAACUGGAAAUGCGACAUCUUCGACAAUUAAUUGAAAAUUGCGCAGCAUGUCGUGUACCUCCUGUUUCACCGAUGACCACGGCGGCUCCUCCUCCUAGUUGCGAUUACAAAUCGCCCUGCUUCCCGGGCGCUGACUGCAUUAACACACCACGCGGGCCACAGUGCGGAGCGUGCCCGCCGCAAUACACUGGUGAUGGAUAUCGUUGCGUGAAAAUUAGUUGCGCGCACAACCCUUGCUUUUAUGGGGUCCGUUGCUACGACCGCGCGGAUGGAUACAGGUGUGGAAAUUGUCCCAACGGUUACGUAGGUGAUGGUAAACGCUGCGAACGAUUUAAGGGUGGUUGUGAGCCUCAUCCUUGCUACCCGGAUGUAAAAUGUGAUCCAAUUCUUCAUCCGCCGUAUUUCAAAUGCGGUCCUUGUCCAAACGGGUUCAUGGGUAAUGGAUCUACGUGUGUUGAUAUAAAUGAAUGCGAGCUAGCUCAACCUUGUCAUCCAGGAGUACGAUGUAUCAAUCUUCAUCCAGGAUUCAAAUGCGAAUCUUGUCCACCAGGAUUUGCUGGACCUACAGUCGAAGGAGUCGGUUUGGAAAUCGCAAUGGUUCGCAAGCAAAUUUGCCAAGACAUAAAUGAAUGCGAAAAUAACAAUGGAGGAUGCGAUCCAUAUAUGACAUGCAUUAAUACGGAGGGCUCGUAUAGAUGUGGUACUUGUAGAACAGGUUACGUGGGAAACCAAACAUUUGGCGAUGUAAACGCCGAUUGUAUUUGUACCAACACCAAUGAAUACACAUGUAGAUGUCGCGUUGGAUGGGCAGGAGAUGGACUGAUGUGUGGUUCGGACAGAGACAGCGAUGGAAUUCCUGAUAGAAACCUCCGUUGUCAUGAUUUACGUUGUCGUAUGGACAACUGUCCAUUUAUACCAAAUACAGGACAAGAGGAUGCGGAUAGAGAUGGUUUGGGUGAUGCUUGUGAUCCAGACGCUGAUAACGAUGGCAUCUUGAAUCCUUCGGACAACUGUCCUUUAAUUCCAAACCCUAGCCAGGAAGACAGUGAUCAUGAUUCUGUCGGCGAUGCUUGCGAUAAUUGUCCUCUAGCAAAAAAUCUAAAGCAGGACGACACUGACGAUGAUGGCAUCGGUGACGCCUGUGACGACGACGUUGAUAACGAUGCUAUCUUGAAUGAGAACGACAAUUGUCCAAAAACGAAGAAUCCAGAUCAAAAUGACCGCGAUAUGGAUGGUAUUGGCGACGCCUGCGACAAUUGUCCUGAUGUAUACAAUGAGGACCAAUUGGACCAAGAUGAAGAUGGGGUAGGUGAUGCUUGCGACAACGACAACGAUAAAGAUAGAGAUGGUGUACAAGACGAUAGAGACAAUUGUCCUGAUGUCAUGAAUUCAGGACAAAAUGAUAUUGACCACGAUGGUAUAGGAGAUGAAUGCGAUGAUGAUAUGGAUAAUGAUGGUGUGCCCAAUUCGAUUGACAAUUGUCCUUACGUUUACAAUCCGGAUCAACGUCGCACGCAUCAUGAGAAUGUUGGUGAUGCUUGCUGGAACGACAAUGAUAACGACACUGUGAAGAAUUUAUUAGACAAUUGUCCUAACAAUAGUUUGAUCUGGGCAACAGAUUUCAGAAAAUAUACUACGGUUGCUUUAGAUCCUAUUGGUACUGCUCAAAUAGAUCCUGUUUGGGUAAUACACCACGAAGGAGCUGAAAUUCAGCAGCUUUAUAAUAGUGAUCCCGGGCUUGCUAUUGGUCCGGAUAUAUUCAGCGGCGUAGAUUUCGAGGGCACGUUCUUCAUCGACGACGACGGAGACGACGACUACGUUGGUUUUGUUUUUUCUUACCAGGACAACCGUAGAUUCUACGUUGUGUGCUGGAAAAAAGGCCCGCAACCAUAUUGGAUGCCGACUCCGUUCAGAGCAGUAGGAGAACCCGGAGUUUUUUUGAAACUCGUCAACUCAAAUACAGGUCCCGGAGAAUUUCUUAGAAACAGUCUUUGGCAUAACGAAGAUGUACCCAACCAGGUGAAGAUUCUUUGGCAUGAUCCAAAGAAAAUCGGGUGGAAAGAAAGGACACCGUAUAGAUGGCAUCUGUUACAUAGACCUAAAAUCGGUCUAAUUAGGUUCCGACUUUAUCAAGGAAAACAACUAGUAGCUGACUCAGGAAAUGUUUACGAUUCGACAUUGAAAGGUGGCAGAUUGGGUGUUUACUGUUUCUCUCAGGAAAAGAUUACUUGGUCCAAUUUGUUAUAUACAUGUAAAGAGACUGUCCCGAAAUUGGUAUGGAACGAGUUGCCGGCGAACUUGAAGAAAGAAGUAAAUGUAGAGAUGAAUAAUUAAAUCAGACCUUCUACCAGACUUAUCUAUUACGACUCACUUUAAUAACUUCUUGAAAUUUAUUCCAUUAUUUUAGGAAAAUUUUGUCUAUUUAAGCCGAAUAUCAUGAAUUUGGUUCGUUUCCCGCGAUGAGAACUAAAAAAUAUUCUUAAGUGUAUGUAUAUGUAUCUAUAUUUACGAGUUUUAUUCAAUAUGGGCAGAAUUCAUUGGAAAAAUUCGUGAUUCUUUUUCUCUCUUUUAUUUCUUUUUUUUUAUGAAAUUCGAAGUUUUGUAACAUUUAAGAAUAUACGUAAUUAAAGAUA